AUGCUGUGUGAGUGGGGGCACACCUUCCCCUCUGAUGAGCAGCGUGUGGAUUACGUGGCCUCUCGGCUUUGGGAGCGGGCAGCCGACUGGUUUGUGGGGCUUUACAACAUCACGGCCCCGGAGCUUCGAGAUGUGGACGCCUUCAUACAGGCCCUGCGGCACCAGUUCGAGGACCCGCUGGAGCUAGAGAAGGCUCGCACACGCCUCCGGGGCUGCGUCAAGGAGCUUGCCCCAAACGAGAUCCUCCACAACAUAACACAGCCUCUCGGAAGUGAACGGACUCGCCCUUCGCCUGCCACAGUUGGCGAUAAUGGAUGUUGCCGGGGUGACCAGUCUCCCACUCCUGCCACACCAGCGCCCAUCCCUUCUCCCUCUGUGGCUGUUCCUGCGGGAGCAACGCUGCCCACCCAGAAUGGGCACAUGGGCCCUGAUACUACUGCAGUGUCCCCGGCUGAAUCCAGGCCUCCCCCUCAAGCUGACCAGGCUGGCUGCCAGCCUGCCCCAGCACUUCCUGCUGUCUUGACCCCCAAAAGUCAUCAUCCCCCACCAACAGGUGCCCAGGCCACACCCUCCACAGAAGAAACAAGCCUCCCAGAAAGUGCUCAAAGACCAUCCAAGAAUGACCUGCCUUCCUCUGGUACGGGAUCUUCCAGCCCACGGACUAAACAAGAUACCCAGAAGGCUCAAGCCCGGCACAAGUUGGCCUGUGAGCGGCGGGAAGAGAGAGCCAAGCAUCUAGCUGCCAAGCGAGCUGUGUGGCUGGAGAAGGAAGAGAAAGCACGAGUUCUGCGUGAAAAGCAACUGGAAGAACGGCGACGCCGGCUCGAAGAACAGCGGGUUCGAGCCGAGAAGCGGCGCGCUGCCCUCGAGGAGCGCCAAAGGCAGAAGCUAGAGAGGAACAAGGAACGCUACGAAGCUGCCAUUCAGCGCUCAGCAAAGAAGACCUGGGCGGAAAUCCGGCAGCAACGGUGGUCAUGGGCCGGUGCACUGCACCACAUAUCCCCGGCUCACAAAGAUGGUACAAGCAGGUGCUCCCUCUCUGCCGUAAAUCUCCCUAAACACGUGGACUCUAUAAUCAACAAGCGCCUCUCCAAAUCUUCCGCCACCCUCUGGAAUUCACCCAGUAGAAACCGCAGCCUCCAACUCAGCCCCUGGGAGAGCAGCAUCGUUGACCGGCUCAUGACGCCAACGCUGUCCUUCUUGGCACGCAGUCGCAGCGCCGUGACGCUUGCCGGCAAUGGCAAAGAUCAAGCAGUACCUGUGUGCCCUCGCUCAGCUUCUGCCACCCCCCUCAGCCCCUGCAAUAACCAGCGCCUGCACCACCGCUGCUCAGAGCGACGGCAGCCUGCAACCAGCAGCCCAAACAUGACACCCCGCCGCAAAGCUGACGCCUCCCCUAAAAAGAAAGAGAAGAAGGACAAGGAGCGGGAGAAUGCCCAAGAAAAGAGUGCCCUUGCCCUACACAAACGCCAGUCUAUGCCCGCUGGACAGGCUCGCCAGCUGCGCACUCCUGAGAGCAGCAGCCCAGGCCACAGGCCGAGGCCUGCUUCUCCAGCUACUGCCAAGCAACGCCCAGCCUCGCCUAGCACAGGCCCCAGUUCUCCACACCGGCCAGGCCUGACCCGCAGCGCCCGCUCUUCACCCAAGGUGAAACCCCGCAAGGAGCACAGCAGCCAGCCAAAGGUCCCAAAGGGUGAAGAGAAGGAACGGAAAGUGUCCUCCCCUGCUCUGACUGAGACCCCCAAGGUCACAGGGGGCCCUGAAGUGACACCAGAUCCCACGAACCCUUCUGGCACGGCCAGUCCAGUGCCUGCCCCUCCUGCCGCCACACCAGGCAAACCCACGGCAGGCACCACAGACCGAGAAGAGGCUGCCCGGCUCCUGGCUGAGAAACGGCGCCAAGCACGGGAGCAGCGGGAACGGGAAGAGCAAGAACGCCAGGAGCAGGAGGAGUGGGAGCGGCGGCUAGCAGAGGAACGGGCUCAGCAAGAAGCUAAGGAACGGCUCCAGCAGCAGGUAGAGCUAGCCCGGCUGGAGGAGGAGCGACGGCGGAAAGAGGAGGAGCGUGUCCAGCGAGAGGAGCAUGAAGCGCAGGAGCGGGCCAGGGCUGAGCAGGAAGAGCAGGAGCGGCUGCAGAAACAGAGGGAGGAAGCUGAAGCCCGGGCGCGAGAGGAGGCAGAGCGCCAGCGGGUGGAGCGCGAGAAGCAUUUCCAGCGGGAGGAGCAAGAGAGGCUUGAGCGGAAGAAGCGGCUGGAGGAGAUCAUGAAGAGGACGCGGAAAGCAGAUGGAGCUGAUGCCAAAAAGAAGGAAGACAAGAAAAUGGUGAAUGGGAAGAAAGGGAAACAAGAGGCCGGACUCAGUAUAGAUGGUGAGAAGCGGCCUGGAAGCCUCCCCAAGGAAGAAGAGCUGCCCGAGAUGCAGGCCUCAAGCCCUGCUGGUCGCAAAGUGCUGCCUCCCGAAGGAACACAACACAGCUCCCCUGUGAUCCCUGCUCUCUCCCUGGUGAACGGUCUGCAGACCGGAAAGCAUGAGAACGAGUUUUCCUCCACCAAGGAGCCCAGUGGCCGGGAGCACUCCACAAGCCCCGGAUUGGGCAUGGCCGGAGAGGCCAUUCUGCCUUUUGCCAACAAGGAGCCUUUCCUCACCAAGGCCCCGCAGGUCACAGAAGUUCUGUAAACAGUGAUGCCCCCUCUCCCUCCCCCAAAGGACGGGUGCAACCAUGUGCCAACCUGCAGGCUUAGAUCUAACCGGACGAUCAGCCAGAUGCUCCCCAACCUACAAGGACCGAGGAGGCCUAGGGAGCCAGGCUGGCUAGGGAUGGCCCAGCCCCACAGACUCUCUCUCUUCCUCUCUUUCUCUCCGUCUCUCGCUCUUUUCUUUGUUUUUAUUCUUAUUUUUAAUAUGCACCUUAUCAGACUGAUUCCCUACUCAUAUUUUAUCCCACAAGACUAUAUAACCGCAUAGGUAUUUAACUGGUUGGGUACAAAAGGAUGUGAAUAAUGUACAUAAAAGCUCAGUGUUAACACGGAUUGCGCCGGCAGUAUCACUGGUGGGGUCUUGCUGCCCCCCCCCCAACAUGUGUUUGCAGUAGAUUCCUUUGGGACGACUUUUUUUUCUUCCAGAUGCAGGCUGGGUCAUAGCUGAGGGAGACAGGAUCUUGGCGUUGGGCUGGGGUCCCUGUGUGUGUGUGUGUGUGUGUGUGUGUUACAGCCAGUGCAAAAGCAGGCAAGUCUGGAGCUGUCAUUUAAACUCUUGGCCUUUGGUCUCAGCCAGGAUACCUGGAGAGUUUUGUGUGUCCACGUGCACCAUAAGCCACUCGACUGCCAUUGUUCAACACACUGUGCUUUUAUUGGGUGCUGCUCUUUUCUGCGUGCGUGUGUGUCUGCGUGUGUGAUGGCUGGGACACGUCAUGCUGGGUGUCAUUGUGACAGUAUUAUACAUCUGAACAACCACCUUUUAUGGACAAUAAAGAUA